UUUAUUGUUUAUAAAAACAAGAUACGCGUGCUUUCAUAUUCAAAAGAAUUUUUGUUGCAUUCUUGUAUAUACGUCGAUUAGUCGAUUGUUCACACAUUUGAAUUGACACUCGUUUCAGGAAUGGGACAAAAAGGUCGCAGAUUCCUGGCGGACAUCUACCAGACACUGAUCGACCUGAAAUGGCGCUAUGUGAUACUUAUCUUCCUCGUCCUCUUCAUGCUUGUGUACGUCCUGUUCGCCGCCCUUUGGUACCUAAUGGCCUACUCACAUGGCGAUUUCAAGCACUUAGGCGAAAAGGACUGGGUUCCGUGUCUUCAUAAAAUGAGGAACUUUGCCGACGCUUUGCUAUUUUCCAUCGAGACUCAAACUACAAUCGGAUACGGGACCAUUUGGCCGGACGCGAAUUGUUUUGGUUCAAUUCCUUUGGUGUACUUCCAAGUAACUGCAGGCUUCAUCCUCGAAACUGUACUACUCGGAUUCAUGCUGGUGAAAAUUGCAAGACCAAAAAAUCGCCGAAAGACGUUGGUUUACAGUAGCGUUGCCACUAUAGUGAAGGAGGAGGGCGAUCUGGUAUUGCAAGUGCGCCUAGGAGACUUAAGGAAAUCACAUCUUGUUGACACCACUGUAUACGGAAUCUUCAUAAAGGACAAAGUUACAGAGGAGGGCGUGCAUUUCCCGCUGUUCCAGCAACACAUGGAUUUUACAGCCCACGGCAUGGAUGAUAGGGUGUUCCUUAUCUGGCCCUUAGUUCUCAAUCACAAGAUCAACGAGGACAGUCCGCUUUACAACAUGAAACCAGAAGAUAUCUUACACGCAAACAACUUUGAGAUAGUUGUCAUUCUCGAAGGAACCAUCGAGUCCACCGGGGAGAUCUGCCAAGCUAGGACGUCGUACACGUCCGCUGACAUUUUGUGGGGUUACCGAUUUGAAAAUAUCGUCGAAUUCGACCACGAACAUGGCAAAUGGCGCGCUAACUUUAAACUGUUUGAUGACGUCACUCCGUCGACAACACCAAAAUGCAGCGCAAAAGCGUAUGACAACCUGACGAAGGGUGCGGGAAACCUGCGUCGCAGCACCAGCGUCGGAAAACCGAUCCUCAGAAAGGCGUACUCCCAUAAGGAAGCAUUGAACACUGAAUCCGUUGGAGAUUCCAGUUUAAUAAAGAAUCUAAAGACGAGUCUUGCAGAGGGUCGUUUUUGAAAGAAUUGGAUACAGUUGAGAGCUGUAGAAAGCAAGCAACGACGUUCAAAGGGCGGAUGUACCACAACAGUCACGAUGUUCCUGUUUAUGCACGUACUUGUAUAUAUUUUUAAAUAUUCUUUGAAUAAACUUGUAUAGAGAUUUA